UUUGGUUCAGUCCGUUACGCUUUGGCAGGUGUGAAAAGCUCACCUGAACUCAAGCAAAAAUAAAAAUCAAAAAGCUCAGUUUGACUCCAGAACAAAAGGGUCAAAGUUCACGUAAAGUAAACCGCACCAGAGUAGGGUUCAUUUCAGUGAGCAGACUCUCACAGAUCAUGAGAGGGAAAAUUAACCCAACGUGGAAAUAAAAGUAAACUGAUGUAGUAAAGCAAUUAUUUUUUGUUUAUGGGUUAUUACAGAUUUAGAGAAAGAAAUCUGAAAGUGCAAAAGAAGGCAGCUGGGUAAACACGGUGAAGGGAUUUUUGGGACUAUUUUUCUUCGUCCCUUCUUGGUCGGGCCACGUUUUGGGGCGAUACCCCCUGGCGGUUUGGUCAGAACUGAGACAUCCCGCUCAUCUGGGACUGACCCCAGGGGGCCGUCCUGGUGUGGAAGCAGCCUGAAAGAUUCCCACGGUCUCGAGGUGGCGAAAAACGUCCUCGCCCUCAGCUCGUGCUGCCCAGGGCUUUUGCUGUACAAUUCAGGGGAAGUGGCAAACACAACACAGAGUCAUAGCCGAUUUCCUGACACUCGGUGCCACAAUGCCCCGCGCGCUCAGGAGGCUCACACAGCGGGACUUGAGUCACUUUGGAAAUUUUCCCUGCUGCUGAGUCAAUUCCCUGCAGGACUUUUUUCUGCCUGCUCUUUCCCUUCCGUUUCCUGUAAACCUGCCUCGAUCGCGGCAGUGAAAGUCAGCCUCGCCUGCUGCUCCUGUCAGCAGGAAGACGCGUUGCCACACGCCCCAAACAUCCACUUUCACUUUUGCCGGCUCUCCCUGGCAGCCCGCAGGCCUGAUUCGCUUUCUCUUUGGAGGUAAGCGUGCCGUCCUGCGUGCGCCCUGGUGGUGAAUCAGCAAGCCCCGCCUCCCCUCUGAGAAUCAAAAACACAGGAGGAGGCGUGACGGCAGAGCAGAACGGUGAGGAGCCCGGCACAGAUAACUAAGCAUGAUACAGGACAGCUCUCCGUACAUGGCACAGAUCUACAGCGGCGGCAAGCUGCAGCACUUCAUUGAUGGCUACGACGUCCACAAGAGCAACUGGAUGCGUUACGUGAACCCGGCACGCUCCCCGACGGAGCAGAACACGGUGGCGUGCCAGAACGGCCGGGACAUUUACUUCUACACCAUGCGGCCCGUGGAGCCCAAACAGGAGCUGCUGGUGUGGUACAGCAAGGAGUUCAGCCAGCGGCUGUGCAGCCAGCAGGACCAGCUGACCCACAAACCGUCCUCUGAGGGAGGAGAGGAGGAAGAGGAGUGCGCCAAAAGGGACCUAAACCGGCUGGCGUGGACCACAGACAAGGAGCAGAGGGCAGACGAGGAGAAGAUAGACGUGGAAAUGCUGGAUAGAGACACUCCUCCGGACACGCCUGACGACCAGAUCAUGGACUUCAGCAAAAAGGUGGAGAUGAAGGACGCAGAAACCUGGGGGGUCCUCCCCCCGCCCCACAUUGGACACAGAGGCUUGGGCCAGGCGUAUUUGCCGGAGCAGCAGCUGCAAAGCGCGUCUGGGAAUCUCCCCCUACACCUCCACGGGCUCUAUGGUCACAGGGAGGGCCUGGUCUCCUCUUACCCCCUCUACCCCCAGUCCAGACCGCUCCAGCCCUCCUACCAGUUCCUGUCCCCGUACCACUAUCCCCGCCUCCUCCUGCCCGCCUGUUCUCCACCCUUCCCUGGGAUGCUCCCCUCAAGAGGGGCCCUCCAAUACGGCGGCUACCUGAGCGCCGACAGACUGCCAUACCCCCCGAUCGUCCCUCCGACCCUGCUCCCCAUGUCCAUCCCUUAUGCUCCGUCCACACAAGGGGGCCUGAAGGAACAGACGCCCAACGUCUCGCCGCCGAGGGGCUCCCCGGCCACGCCAGAGCUGUCUCCUCUCGCCAAACCAAGCAGUCACCUGCUGACCCCCGAGCCGUCGCCCUCCGGCUGCGAGGAAGCCAUGAACCUCAGCAUGACCAAAAGUGGCACGGCGCCGCGAAAUGGACCGGGCCACAAGUCCCUGCCCUACCCGCUAAAGAAGCAGAACGGGAAGAUCAAGUACGAGUGCAACAUCUGCUCCAAGACCUUCGGACAGCUUUCCAACCUCAAGGUCCACCUGCGAGUGCACAGCGGCGAGCGGCCGUUCCAGUGCGACCUGUGCAAAAAGAGCUUCACCCAGCUUGCACACCUACAGAAGCACCACCUGGUCCACACCGGAGAAAAGCCACACGAAUGCCAGGUGUGCCACAAACGCUUCAGCAGCACCAGCAACCUGAAGACGCACCUGCGGCUCCACUCUGGAGAGAAGCCUUACCAAUGCAAGCUGUGCAACACCAAGUUUACGCAGUACAUCCACCUCAAGCUGCACCGCCGCCUCCACAGCAGCCAGGACCGCCCCAACCGCUGCCAGCGCUGCACCCAGGCCUUUUUCCACCGCUUCUCCCUCUGCAUCCACCAGACCAGCUGCUGUCCAGCCGGCCCCGGCGCCAACCCGCGCACCAGCGAGAUGGUGGAGCGCUUCGACGCCAGCCAGGAGGCCGCCGCUCUGCCCGAAACCGCGUCGCCGACUCAGCUUGGUGAAGCAGUGGAGCACUGGUUGGCGCGCACCCUGGAGGGCGAGGGAAAGGAGGACCAGAAGGACACCGGCGUGCUGCUGCGAGCCCUGACGGCCGCCGUCAGCCCGCCACCGCUCUACCAGGAACGAGCCAGCGUCGUCCACCUAAACAAAUGGCCGAAGGUGAAGACAGAGAGCCAGUGAAGAGCAUUUUUUAGAGCACCAAAGGAAAAAUGUUCCAAAGACUUGGCGAUGGAACAGCCCCUGAACUGAGCCGCUGUGAAGUAUUUAAAAUCUGUUCACUCAGGUAGAGAAUUGUUUGUUUUCUUGUGCUUUAACUUAUUACCUUUUCAAAGGAAUCCAUAUUUAUUUUGUUGAAUCAUAGUUUUCUGGUAGCUUUUGUAACACUUCCAGUGGAAAAUAAAACUGGAAUUAGACUCAGGAAAGAUCUGUAUCUGUGGAUAUCUGGGUUUCUGUCGGACAAAAAAACAAAACAACGGAAAAAUCGGGUGUCACCUUUUGCCAAAACGAACAACCAAAACCAUGUGAAUGUGUCAAUGUUGAGUUCCACUUUAAAGGGAAGGAAAUACCGAUGGAGACGGAUCGUCGUUUUCCUCACCCGAGGUUACCAAAAACAGACAAACCACUCAGCUUCACUGUGAGAAAACAAAGAAACACUCAUGCCCCUCUUCUUUAAAAGCUUUAACACCAAUGUCUGUAGCUUCAUCCAAAUCUCAGCUGGACACCAGAACCUCAUAAAAAAACAACAAAAAAAGCACAGCCUGCCAGGUUUUUACAUGAAGUCGUCAAGUAGCAUCAAGUCUUCCUUUGACCACAGUUUCCCAUUAGUAGCUUCUUCUCUUAUUUUUUUAGCUAAUUUUUGUACAGGAUGUUUGUUGAUGUAGAUUAUUUUUGCCAACAGGUUGUGACAUGUCAAAAAUUUAUAUGUGAGAGACUAUUUUGAUGAUACUUUUAUAUUUCCAUGAUGUAGCACAUUAAAGAUAUGGUUUCUACAA